GAGGCGCUGCCGCAGGCCGAGGCCGCCGAGGUCACGUGUCCCCAGGAGGCCCCGGCCGCCGGCCCGGCCGCCCCCACCCCGCCGGGGGACCGGCCCUACAAGUGCGCCGAGUGCGGCAAGGCCUUCAAGGGCUCCUCGGGCCUGCGCUAUCACAUGCGGGACCACACCGGCGAGCGGCCCUACCCCUGCGGGGAGUGCGGCAAGGCCUUCAAGCGCUCGUCCCUGCUGGCCAUCCACCAGCGGGUGCACACGGGCCUGCGGGCCUUCACGUGCGCCCAGUGCGGCCUCACCUUCAAGUGGUCGUCGCACUACCAGUACCACCUGCGCCUGCACUCGGGGGAGCGGCCCUACCCCUGCGCCGAGUGUGGCAAGGCCUUCCGCAACACGUCCUGCCUGAGGCGCCACCGGCACGUGCACACGGGCGAGCGGCCCCACGCCUGCGGGGUGUGCGGCAAGAGCUUCGCCCAGACGUCCAACUUGCGGCAGCACCAGCGCGUGCACACGGGCGAGCGCCCCUUCCGCUGCCCGGCCUGCCCCAAGACCUUCACCCACUCGUCCAACCUGCUGCUGCACCAGCGCACCCAUUCCGCCGAGCGGCCCUUCGCCUGCACCGUGUGCGGCCGAGGCUUCGUCAUGGCCGCCUACCUCCAGCGGCACCUCCGGACACACGCCCCUGCGGCCCCCGCCCCCGCCCCGGCUCCCGCCGCCGCCGCCACCCAGGAUGUCCACGUGGUCCCCCACCUUCAGGCCACGCUGUCCCUGGAGGCCGGGCCUAGCCCCGCCAACUCUCAGACCUUCCUCCUGGUCCAGACAGCCCAGGGCCUCCAGCUCAUCCCCAGCAGUGUCCAGCCCCCGGCCCCAACACCGCCCCCUCCUACUCCCCCAGCACCCCCCAAGCUCAUCCUGCUGCCAGCCUCGGGAGCCCGGAAGAGCCCAAAGAACGGUGGGAGGGCAGGCCAGGGGCCCGGGAUGGUCUGGCUCCCAGGGCCCGGGGCAGUCUCGGGGCAGGGAGGAGGGGGGGGCAUAGCUGGAGGGGGCGGGCAGAGCCUCAUCGUCCUGCAGAGUGUGGGGGGUGGAGAAGUGGGGCCGCAGGAGACCAGUGGAGUCCGGCUCCAGUCUCUGCAGCCUGCACAGGAAGUGACCACCGUCCAGCUCCAGCCCCUCCAGCCGGCUCAGGAACCGGCACAGGAAGUCACCACGGUCCAACUCCGGCCAGCACAGGAAGUCACCACAGUCCAGUUGCAGCCCCUGCAACCAUCACAGGAAGUCACCACUGUCCAGCUCCAGCCCUUGCCCCCCACUCCCGAUGUUUCCCUGCAGCUCCAACCCGUAUCCAGCCCCCUGGCCAGCCCUGGGGGGUCCGGUGGACCAGCAGAGGCUCAGAAUCUGCUGGUGGUGCAGGGAGGGGCUGGUGAGGAACUGCUGGCCACCCCUGGGCCCAGUGGGGAUGUGGGGUCUGGGGAGGGAGGUGGGGGCGGUGGGGGAGCCGUGGUCCAGGAUGUGCAUUUUGAGACCUUACAGACAGCGGAGGGCUUGCAGAGCGUCCUGGUCCUGAGCGGGGCCGACGGGGAGCAGACCAGGCUUUGCGUGCAGGGGGUCGAGACCCUCCCCCCGGGGCUGGCCGAAUCACCUGCUCCCGGCACACAGGCUCAGAAACUUCUCAUUAUCCGCAGUGCCCCGGCUGCCCCUGCAGACCUUGUAGAGAACGUGCCCGGGGCCCCCCUGCAGCUGUUGGCUCCUCCCAGCCCAGCCCCUGUGCCCGCUGGGGCUCCCUCUGGGCCUAGUCCACAGGUGGUACAGGUCGUCCCUGGGGCAGCAGCAGGGCCCACUGGAGGGGCCGGCCAGCCCGCUUUGCCUUCUAUCCAUAUUGUACAGGCCCUGCCUGCUGUGCAGCUGGUCCACACCUUCUGAGUGAGGCCCUUGCACCCUCCUGAGAGGCAGGCCGGCCAGGGCAGACUCGGAGGGCGAGGGGCUGGACUCUCCCUCGUGCCUCAGCCGAGGAAAGGAGCCAGGGGCCACGUUUACCAAUAAAAAAAUGGUAUCUGCUCUGCC